CUCCGCUCUCCUUGUCGUCCGAAUUCGGCUACGCGGUCGCGGUGGUCGGAGCUUCGUACCUCGCCAAUAUCUACGGCGCGAUCAAGGUCGUCACGGCGCGGAAGAAGUACGACAUCAAGUAUCCGACGCUCUACUCGACCGGCACCACCAAGAAUGACGAGAUGUACAACUGCGCUCAGCGCGCCCACCAAAAUACGCUCGAGGGCCUGCCGGUGGUGAACCUGAUGAUGCUGUCCUCGGCCACCGUCUACCCGCGAGCGGCCGCCCUCUUCGGUUUCACUUGGGUGGUGGGUCGCUUCCUCUACAUCCGAGGCUACACCGAGGGAGGUCCAGAGGGCCGGCGGAUCGGUGGCAUCGUGAGCCACCUUGGCGAUUUCCCGCUGCUCAUCACGACCUUCUGCGCCGCCUGGCACCUGCUCCGAGCCUGAGGGGGAGCGGUGAUCAUGUGUUUGGCGAAGGCGCGCAAGAGCCGGACAGGGAGUGACCGAAAAGUGACCCGAGUUCUUUUGCGCAGUCGCUGGCCGUAACACAGCGCACGAGUCACACAGUCAGCACACGAGAGAGACGCCCAGGAGUCGCUAGCGUAGGGACGCUGGCUGGGUCGGUCACACACGUUUUCGUCACAGGUCGUUUCACGUUUGCACGCAUGUCAUACCAGAGCCACAAAGAAACA